AAUUCGCCUUCCUGGCGGGUGACAGAUAGGUCUGAUUGAUCUAAAUGCUUCAUUAAAUUUGUCUAGUUUUUAAAAAAAGUUUAUUCUCGCUAUUUCGUCUCAUGCGCUCUUGGUUGCAUAGUUGACUCGCCUACAACCCACCAGAGGACUUUUAAAGCGUCGUUAGGCGACACACUUUCAAAAACACUGCUGCGCAGGACGCUUCCCACAGGUUUCUGCGGUGCUGACUAAAUUAACUGUACAGCACAGCAAUGAGUAAUUCACACUCUAUGUCUAAAGCUGAGUUGAUAACGGCUCUCUCCGUCACUGCUGGAGCUGCAGCUGUGGGAGUUCUGGUCUACAAAACAUUUUUCUCCAAAGACAAAUGCGCAAAACCAAAGGUGAACCUGGACUUCCAGAAAGACAACCCCAAAGUGGUGCAUGCAUUUGACAUUGAGGACCUCGGUGAUAAAGCUGUGUACUGUAGAUGUUGGAGGUCUAAAAAGUUCCCGUACUGCGAUGGUGCUCAUACAAAACACAAUCAGGAGACGGGGGACAAUGUGGGCCCCUUGAUCAUAAAACGCAAGGACGCAUGAGGAAAAGCGCUCAUACACUCAGGGUUGCCGCUGCUCAUGAAUGCACAGCUGUCUCUGCUCAUUAAAGGUGUGAGAGAGAUUAGUUCAUAUUUGCCUCACGUGCAGCUGAGCUGAUAUAAUUCUUGAUUUGGUGUGUGGGUGUGUGUGUGAUACAUGACUUACUUGGGCCCCUGGUGUGUUGAUCUUCAUGGGCCUGUUGUCUAAGCUGUCUUCCAUCAUGUUUCUUGGUGUCAGUUUUAUCCAUUUAUCAAAGUGUUUUUUUUUUGUUUUUUUUGUAGUAACCAUUCAGUAACAAUGGGUACUGUCAACAGCUGAGCACUUGUUUACUUGUUUAAAAGUACACUAGCAUUUUUAACUGGUAUUCUGAUCUCACUAGUGAAUACCAGGUUCCUCCCCAGCUGAUGUCUGGAAUGUGUUCUGACUGACAAGCUUAAGACUUGAGUACAUUUAACUUGAGUUACAUUAACUGUUGUGAACAAAAGCACUUAAUGGGCAACUUAAAGUAGUUUACAUUUGAAAGCCGUGGCAACAAGAAAUAUCUGGAACAAAUUACUGAGCUCUGUGCAUCAAAGUAUACAUUUAAUCAGACAGUUCAAAUCUGAUUGUUUAAACAAAACAAAUGUAAAGUGGUUGUGUCAGUUCUGGUUAGGAUCACAGUUGAGUUUCACUGAGCAAAGUACAAGCUCAUUUAAACAAAUCCAACCAAAUAGCAAAUGAGCAUUUUAACCUGUAAAAAGAUGGGAUUAAGUUCACACAGUAAGCACUGAAUAUGUGAAUACAGACAUGAGAAAUGCCUAAAUCUGAUUUCUUUUGCUGCCUGAUCAGCAACCUGUGUUUAGACAUGAUACACCAUAAUCAAAAUAUCUUAGUAUGUAACUACUGCAAAUCACAGUUUGUAGUGUUUCUUGUUCAGAAAGGAUCAGGAGAAAGUUUUAAACAAAGCCUUGGAGGUGUGUUACCUGCCUUGUUAACUAAGCCUAAAAGAUUCUAGCUGGUAAUGCAGUAACUAUAUCAACUAACUAAUUGAAUUUGUAUGAUCAAAUGUUGCCAAUUAACCUGCACAUGUGACCUUAAGUAGUUCUCCUGGUUUAUUAGAAAUGAGUAAAUGUGGAAUACUGUGCACUGUUAAUGAAACCUUGACUUUGGGGCGAUAUCACUAUGAUAAACACACUGAUGCUUGACUUUUCUCUGACAGAACUGAUUGUAUGUGUGGAGAUGGAUGGUACCAGAUGGAUUUGAAUGGUACCAGAAAUGUUGUGUUGUUUUCUUUUUUUUUUUUUAGCACUACUUUAGCAGAGCCUGUCAUUACUGCCCUCAUGCUUCCAUUUCUCUUACAGUUGGUAAGCUAAAUUCAAAAUACCUCCAUAAGACGUUGUUUUUUUUUUUCUUCUCCUUAAUAAUUGUAUUUGUUGACAAUAAAUCCAUCAUUUCUGUCUGCUACAGCCUUAUA